CGUUUCUAUUUCACAUAAUUUUCAUUAUUAUAGUCAUAAAUUUACCAUGAUUCCCAAUCUCAAUAUGAGCAUACGGAUUUUCAAAGUUGAUGGCGCAACACCGAUUCACAUGAAACCCGAUGGUAAGAGGUUCCAGCAAGCGUUUACAUUAAAACUCAACAAGGACACCGACCACGUGAUGGCGUUUAACCUGAGACCAGCCACGUGCAUUCGUAAAUUAAUGGUCAACGGAGAACUGCAUAAACUAGAGCUGGUCAAGGGUAAGGCUAAUGACGAGGAAAUGGACGGGCGGACGUACAGGACGCUGUUCACCACAAAGGGGUUCGAGCUGACUAAGUCCGGAAAGCGACGGGAAAUCCUCAUAUUAAUAGAACUGGAAAACGGCGUAUACAUGAAGGUGACACUCCAGUGUAAAGUGUACGCCCCAGGGGACAAGAGCCACGCCCAGUGGGGCGAUAAACUCUCCAUGAUAGACAUGAACUGCAGUUUGGACCCGGCGCAUAAUUACAUCACUAUUUUGAAGGAAAAAUACCUAUGACGAUGUUUUAAUAAACGCUUAUACAUUUCUUUAAUAAACACGGGCUUAGUGUGGACCAUACGUCAGUUGCUUCGUAUAUGCCAUGAGUGAGGAGUAAGAAAUUCGGCCAAACAUGUCAAACGUGUUAUAUUUUAUGCCGCAUAAAACAAAUAUAUACAUAAAUAGUGAUCUAUUUGUGCGACUGAAGAUAGUAUAUGCACAUAAAAACGAAUAUUUAUCAUUGUUUUUGGCUGAUCAACAUCAUCUGUAUCACCGUGAUCAUAAUAAUCAUCAUCAAAUUAUAUUAUAAUUAAUAUGUUAUUAUAAUAUUUUUAACGGGAAAAGAUCACAUGAAAAUUGCAUUAAUUUAUGUAUUUUUCUGAGUUUUAAGUUGUUUUAGCGGAUUUGAUGAUUUCAAAUAACUAUCGUGAUCGCCAUCGCAUUACCAAUGUUUUGAUUUCUCAGGAUAUCCAUUUACUCGUAUUUGUAAUACAGGUGAACCUACUCGUUACAAGGCUUUUUAUAUAAAUAUACAUAUAAGGCGAUUGUGGCUCAUGAUGAUGUAUAAUUUGGAAGACCCAUUUCAAAAUCAUGGUCGUAUUUGUCAUUGUUCCAAAUCAAUUUUAUUUAAUUUGCAUACCAUUAUGUUUUGAGAAUGUCUCUGGUUUAAUGGGCUUAAAACCUACAC